AUGCCUGGAGGAUUCAAGGACAACAUCGCCGACGACACUUCCUACUCCUCCUCCUCCUCCUCCUAUGCCCGAGGCACCUCGGCCACUGACAAUCCGGACUCAACCCCCAUCGCAACCGCCAUGCGAUCCGCAACCGCCAUGCGAUCCGCAAACGUCGCCAACCCGCGCGGAUCUGCUUACGAAAUUGCCGGCCCCACCACCGGUGGUACAAGUCCUAUCCAUAACCAAGCCAUGGACACCAUCAAAGGUCAAUCUUUCAGCGACCCCGCUGGUGCGCCUAGCGGCACCCCCGCGCAUGGGUUCGCCGAGACUGUGAAGGAUAAUGCGACUGCUGCUGCGACGGGCGCUGCUGCUGCUGGGGUUUCUGUGCUUACUGCGGCCAAGAAGUUGAUUAGUGGACGUGGUGGUCAUGAAAACGAAUUGGGCGAUUAUACUCAGCACGAUAGCAACUUCCAGCCGAUCUCCAACAUCAAUAACACCAUCAGCCCAGUUUCUCCAAUUGCCUCAUCCCGAAUAACCUCCAGCGCCACCUCAACCCCAUCGCCCAAACCCCUCGGCCCUAAUGACCGCCCACCCAUCAAGGUUGGGGUCCUUGCUCACAAGCCCAGUGACAAGGCCACUUACGGAAACCUCGGUUCCCCUGGUGCCCAGAACCAUCCGGGCCCGCUCUCGGAUCGAGCUCUGGCCGAUACGCCUCCUCCCUCGUCAACGCCCAAGAGGACGAUUGCGGAUCCGUUUGGGCCUGUGAUGGUUGCGAAUUGGAAUGAUCAUAAGCGACAGGCGGAUGUGUCGACCCCGACAUCAGAGGAUUUUGAUAGCCCUAAUUUAGGGACGCCUAUACGGUCGUCUACGGGCCCCUCGGGACAGUCGGCUGCUGCUGCUGCUCCUCAGCGCAUGCAUGCGCCUUCGCCUUUGAGAGAGGACAUCCCGCUAGUCAAGAAGGCUGAUGCAGUUCCCAUCGCACAACCAAAAGGCUAUUUUCCUCAUGCCCAGAACAGCUCAACCACGGACGCAGCUACCACUCCUCUCCACUCCUCAGCCAUGGCCGCCGCCGCCCCUCCUCACGAAAACAAGGAACACUUGACCGCGCGUAUGAAGGAGGUCUUCUCUCACCACGAUCAUUCGCACACACCAGCAAUCGCCACUACCACUGCUGCUGCUGCUGCUGCUGUUCCGGCGUCGCACCAGCCCACUGUUUCCGAGACCCCGCAGACGACGACCACCACCAAGCCUGCGGUCGUCAAAAUCGAGCCGUUGAGUGAGCGUAUCAAGGAAAUCUUCCAUCAUGAGCCUCAUCCUACCGUCGAAGUUCCUAUUAAAGUCAACACAGCCACGAUUGCUACGACGUCGGCUGCGCCUGAGGUCUUCAUCAACAGGACUGUGUACGCCCCUGUCGAGAAUUUGAAGGCUAUCGAUCUUACCAAGGUCGCUCAGGCUGCCUCUCACAUGCAGCCUGUCCAGACGACUGCCCCCGAGAAGACUACUGCCACCGCUACCUCUACAACGCCGGCGGCAAGCAAGCCCGUGAAUAUCAAGCGUAGAGAGUCAUUUUCUGAUCGCGUCAAGGAGAUAUUCCAUCAUGACAACUCGACCCCAGCGACGGUUCAUCAUGACGAGCCCAUCAAGGCCGCCGCUGCCACUACCACAACCCCCCCUGUCGAGAAGGAGUCUUUGGUCGGCCACAUCAAGGAUGUCUUCCGCCAUGAUGGCCACUCCUCCGAGACCGCCCCCCACACCACCACCACCACUUCUUCAUCACACAUGUCAGCAGUACCCGUCGCCGCCACUGCAGCUACUGCAGGUACCGUCGCUAGCGUCGCAGCUUACUUGAAGAACAAGGACUCCGAUAACACGACCACUCCAGCCGACGCCCACGAUAAGGAGUCCGACAACAUGACCACUCCAGCCGACGCCCACGACCAUCGUGCCUACUUGCCCCCUGGUACCAAGUCCGCCAUCCCUACGACUACCACUGAGCCUACCCCUGCUCAUGAGGAGAUCAAGUCACUUGUGUUCAUGCCUGUGGAUGCUUCGCCCUUGAAGAAGCGUACUACAGUACCUGCACCCGUCUUUGACAUGACUUACAUGAACACUCCUGCUCAAGCUCCUGCGGCAUCCUCGACUACUCAUUCGUCAACUCCUGCUGCCGGGGACAACCGCUCCAUGGGAACUAAGGUCAAGAAUGCCUUGGGGUUCCAUGACUCCUCUGAGUAUGGCCCUGCAGACCCCAAGGACUUGCCCCUCUCAGAUCCCAAGACCGUACACUUAAUGGAUUGCGCCCCCGUCGCUGCUGUUGCUGCACCUCUAGUCGCCAAAUCGAUGACGACCCCCACAACGGCCCCCGCUGGGGAUGCUUCAGUUGCUGCGCCAGUUGCUGCACCAGUUGCUGCCUCUGCCAUUACCCCAUCCACCGCUACUGGGCCAGGCACAAACGAGAUACAGUUCACAGACCCCAAGACCCUUCGCCCCGUGACAGAACAACGCACCUGGGACGUCCCAACUACCGCAGAUAACCGGUCCAUGGGAACCAAGAUCAAGAAUGCCAUGGGGUUCCAUGACUCCUCCGAGUACGGCCCUGCAGAUCCCAAGGACUUACCCCUCUCAGAUCCCAAGACCUUACACUUAAUGGACCGUCUCCCUGUAGCUGCUGCCGCCACUGCUGCCGGCGCUGCUGCUGUGGCUGCACCUCUAGUCGCCAAGUCGACGACGACCCCCACAACGACCCCCGCUGGGGACGCUUCAGUUGCUGCACCAGUUGAUGCCCCUGCUGUUGCCCCUGCCAUCGCCCCAUCCACUGCUACUGGGCCAAGCACCAGCGACAUGCAGUCCACAGACCCCAAGACCCUUCGUCCCGUGACAGAACAACGCACCUGGGACACCUCAACUCCCGCAGACAACCGUUCCAUGGGAACCAAGGUCAAGAAUGCCAUGGGGUUCCAUGACUCCUCCGAGUACGGCCCCGCGGAUCCCAAUGACUUACCCCCCUCAGAUCCCAAGAGUUCGCACUUAAUGGACCGUCACCCUGUAGCUGCUGCCGGCACUGCUGCAGGCGCUGCUGCUGUGGCUGCACCUCUAGUCGCCAAAUCGACGACGACCCCCACAACGACCCCCGCUGGGGACGCUUCAGUUGCUGCACCAGUUGAUGCCCCUACUGUUGCCCCUGCCAUCGCCCCAUCCACCGCUACUGGGCCAAGCGCCAGCGACAUGCAGUCCACAGACCCCAAGGCCCUUCGUCCCGUGACAGAGCAACGCACCUGGGAUACCUCAACUUCCGCAGACAACCGUUCCAUGGGAACCAAGGUCAAGAAUGCCAUGGGGUUCCAUGACUCCUCCGAGUACGGCCCUGCGGAUCCCAAUAACUUACCCCUCUCAGAUCCCAAGAGUUCGCACUUGAUGGACCGUCACCCUGUAGCUGCUGCCGGCACUGCUGCAGGCGUGGCUGCUGUGGCUGCACCUCUAGUCGCCAAGUCGACGACGACCCCCACAACGACACCCGCUGGGGACGCUUCAGUUGCUGCGCCAGUCGCUGCACCAGUUGUUGCCCCUCUCAUCGCCCCAACCACCGCUACUGGGCCAGGCACCAACGAGAUGCAGUUCACAGACCCCAAGACCCUUCGUCCCGUGACAGAGCAACGCACCUGGGACAUCCCAACUCCCUCAGAUAACCGGUCCAUGGGAACCAAGAUCAAGAAUGCCAUGGGGUUCCAUGGCUCUUCCGAGUACGGCCCUGCAGAUCCCAAGGACUUACCCCUCUCAGAUCCCAAGACCUUACACUUAAUGGAUCGUGCUCCCGACGCUGCUGCCGCUACUGCUGCCGGCGCUGCUGCUGUCGCUGCACCUCUAGUCGCCAAGUCGAUGAUGACCCCCACAACGGCCCCCACCGGGGAUGCUUCAGUUGCUGCCCCUGCCAUCGCCCCAUCCACCGCUACUGGACCAAGCGCCAGCGAAAUGCAGUCCACAGACCCCAAGGCCCUUCGUCCCAUGACAGAGCAACGCACCUGGGACAUCCCAACUCCCUCAGAUAACCGUUCCAUAGGAACCAAGGUCAAGAAUGCCAUGGGGUUCCAUGACUCCUCCGAGUACGGCCCCGCGGAUCCCAAUGACUUACCCCCCUCAGAUCCCAAGAGUUCGCACUUAAUGGACCGUCACCCUGUAGCUGCUGCCGGCACUGCUGCAGGCGUGGCUGCUGUGGCAGCACCUAUCAUCCACAAGGCGACCACUACCACGACAGAGAUCAAGCCAGUCGUUGUAAAGGAGGAGAAGCAUAACCCCGUCCUCUCAGCUCCUCGUCCCGUCAUCCCCGUCACCACAGCAACCACAGAGCCUAACCCGGUGCUGUCGGCCCCACACCCAAUCAUCCCCGAGAAGAAGAUCUCCCCGACCCAAGUCGAUCCAACACCCGUCCAGAUUGCACCUCGUCCUAUGAUCCCUGCCUCAGCGAUCGAGAACCACCCUACUACUGGUCGCACCGCGUCUCCUUCUCAUCCCGUCAUCCCUAUGGCCGACAAGCAGACGACAGCAACGACGACUUCUCACCACCCGGGUCUUGAAAAGGUCGCCCCCCCCAUCAUCGCCGCCGCUGCCGCUGCUCCCAUUAUCCAACAUCACCAACAGCAGCAGCAGCACACGACCCCCGCCCCCGUCGUCCAGCAGCACACGACCCCCGCCCCUGUCGUCCAGCAGCAGCACCAGAUGCCCACAACCACAGCCACAACCCCCUACAACACCAACUCCUAUAACACCAAUUCCUACAACACCCCAGCUCCUGUAGCACCAGUCUCCACACAACGCAUACCACCAACCACAGAAGUCCCCGCCGCCAAGACCGCAUCCGCGGUCCCAGAAUCCUACUCUGGCCCGAUCCCAGAGGUCCACCCCGGUGAGGAGAUUGUUUGGGUCAAGACUGUCACGACUACAGAUUUCUAUGAUGAUAAAAAUCUCCCUGCCCCCCCUGGCACUGUCGUCAACAACACCAAAAACAACGGUAGCAACCACAACAACGGCAACGACCACAACAGCGGUGUCGCACCUGUUGGCGUGCCGGCGAACACAGUGCACGAUAACAAGGUCCAUGGUAAGACUCAUAAGAGACUUAGCGGGUUCUUUGAUAGGUUGAUCCAUCGCCAUCACGAUAAUGUCGACAAGGGCAAGCAGCGCAUGUAG